AUGUUGGGAGUUGAAAAGGCGGGGUCAUCCGACCUUUCCUCUUCCUCCACUGAAACGUCAGCGAUUUCCCCUGUCAGUAUGAUUAGUAUUCCUUCGUCUCCUGAUAAAGACAAAAAGAAAAUUUCAUUUGUGCGCUACAAUCCCGACAUACCUCAAAUCGUCACAUCUUUCAAAGGAUAUCAGAAAUUGAUGUUUCAGGGCUAUAGAUACAACAUUUAUCAGGUGAUGCCGGAACGUAAUUUCAAAUCAUGGCGUUGUGUAUGUGCAAAGAAAAUCCCCGACAACGGUUCAUGGUGUAAGUGCCGAGCGGAGACGACCAUGGAUGACCAAAAGGCUGUUACAAAAGGCGAGCACAACCACCCACCCAAACACCUCCUUGCUGAACUAGAAUUCAUUAAGUCGCAAUUAUUCAUGGCAGCGCUUGAGAAUCCUGAUUUGGAUGCCGGAGAUUUAGUCAAUCAGGCGUGUGACUACCUUAGUCAAGGUGUCGAGUUUGAAAACAGGGAAAGCUUGCGUAAGAGCAUCCAACUAGCACGAUCUCGUGUUGGAAAACCUCGGAAACCUAGGAGAAAAGAAAAAUUAAAAGUUGUAUCUAGGACGGCGCCGUGGUUAGGCACGGUCGAGCAGGAUCCAAUGUCUUUACUCUGGGCCAAUAUUCUUAGUCCUGGAAGCAUUGAUGUUCUCUCAACUAUAGCUGCCUUGUCAAAACCCGUUAUGACCCCCUUGACGAAAAGAGAGGUAAAGUGUCGUAAGUUAGUCCGAAAUUGCUCUCAAUCAUUUUGGCUUCGCACUGACGUUUGCAAGGACUUUAAGGACAUCAGAGUUUCUCAAUGCCUAGCGUCUGGUUGCGGUUGCCGAAUAGUCCGAGUGUGUUGUUGUGAAAACAGUACAUGCCAUAAUCGACAAACAGCAUGCUGA